GUUCCAAUGGAAACAGGUGGGACUCCCGGACUCUCCAAUCAAACCCUCCCUACGCUGCGGAGCAGGGAGGAGGGAGCAGAAGUCCACAACCGGAGGCAGGACACGACCAACUUCCACACUGAGCUCAGGAAAAGUCGGGAAAACGCAUCUGACGCUGCGUGCCUUGGCCUGCAUGUGUUCCCAAAGCGUUUCCUGCAGUUUACCGGCGCGCUGCUCAAGUUCUCCCUGCCGGUUUGGCUGCAGUUGGAGCGGCGUCUGUGCGUCGCUGCGCUCGGGACGCAUAGCUGCUAUGGAAAACACGCACUGAGCGCAUUUUCGGAUUGUUCUCUGCUUGGAUGUUUUUCCACUCUGCUUGUCUUCAAUUCCUGGGUGCUUCCUAUAGUGAGGAUAUUUAAGCAUUAGGAAAAAUGCCUGGGAAAACCAAAUACAACCUGGUUGAUGAUGGACACGAUCUGAGGAUCCCGUUGCACAACGAGGAAGCAUUCCAGCAUGGGAUCAACUUCGAGGCAAAGUAUAUUGGCAGUUUGGAUGUGACGCGGCCAAACAGCAGAGUGGAGAUUGUUGCUGCCAUGAGACGGAUCCGGUAUGAGUUCAAGGUAAAAAACAUCAAGAAGAAGAAAGUUCACCUUGUGGUGUCUACAGAUGGUGUCAAGGUUACCUUAAGAAAAAAGAAAAAAAAGAACGAGUGGACCUGGGAUGAAAGCAAGAUGAUUGUGAUGCAGGAUCCAAUUUACAGGAUAUUCUACGUUUCCCAUGACUCACAAGAUUUAAAGAUCUUCAGCUACAUUGCCAGAGAUGGACAGAGCAAUGUUUUCCGUUGUAAUGUCUUCAAGUCCAAGAAGAAGAGUCAGGCCAUGCGAAUCGUCCGGACCGUCGGCCAGGCAUUCGAGGUUUGUCAUAAACUGAGUCUGCAACAUACACAGCAAAAUGCAGACGAAAAGGCGGACUGCAACGGGGAAAAGAGUGGCAGCAAUUCAUCUGGUGUGCGUGCUCAUCCACCUGUAUGUGUGUGUACUUUAUUCGGCCCAGCCCGGGAGUUAACAGGCCCAGAAAAGAAGCCAGCGAUCGUUGCUGAGGAGACGGACAUUGACGCUGAAGACGUGGUGCAGGUGCCAACGGGCGAGGACUUAAACCUUAACAGAGGAGUGACCGAUCUUGACGCAACUUCGAAGACAACAGACCUAAAUGAAUCUGAAAAUAAGGUUUCGGAAGAGCCUUCUCUUCUGAUGUCCAGUCCCAGGCUGCUACUCCCAGUAUCAGGCACUCUGCCUCCUGGGGCCCCAUUAUCUGUCCACCACCAGAUACAGCUGCUACAGCAGCAGCUCCAGCAACAGCAGCAGCAGACUCAAGUGGCUGUAGCACAGGUCCAUCUCUUGAAGGAUCAGCUGAGCGCGGAGGCCACCGCUCGGCUGGAGGCCCAGGCUCGAGUUCAUCAGCUGCUUCUCCAAAACAAAGACCUGCUGCAGCACAUCUCCCUGCUGGUUAAACAGAUCCAGGAGCUAGAAUCCAAAAUGGCUGGACCAAAUUCCAUGGGCUCCCAGGACAGCUUGUUGGAGAUCACCUUCAGAUCCACGGUACCUCCAGUGAUUUGCGACGCCACCACACCCAAAUCCGAAGUGUCGGAUAUCAACCUCUCUGCACUAAGCCCCGGUGAUGCAACCAGCAACGCUUUUUCCUCUACCAACGGGACUUUUGGAAGCCCACUAGUUGAUCAGAGUUUGUUUGAGAACUCCAAUGCCCAUAAGCAGAGCCCUCAGACCUCCAGGACAGGUCAACCCUCCAACCGACGCUCCUCUACAUCAGCUAAUUCCAAUUCUGGCUCCACCUUGGUUGACACUCCAUCCUCUGGUGGACAGCAAAGGCUGAAAAAUGCUAUUAACUUGGGCAAGGCAGUUGGUGCAAAGGUCAAUGACCUGCUGAGGAGAAAGGAACCCAGCCACCUAGGGGACAUCGGGGUCACUGAGGUCAAUAAGAAUGUCGGUGCUGUUUGGAGCUGCAUGGACCAACUUGGUCACAAUUCCACCAGCAGUCACAUCUUUGACUCCUUUCCCCGACUCGACCCACCACCACCGACUGGAAAGAAACGUAUCCCUCGAGCUCUGAAGACGACGCGGGACAUGAUGAUCUCCUCUGACCCCGUGGUCUCCUCGCCUGAGCAGGCAGACUCUCUGAGCCUCCUCCCCUCUCCUGACAAGACCACCCUGGGCCCUGACAACGAAAUGAGGAGCGAGGAAGAGCAGCAAGAAGACAAGGAGGAGCAGGAGGAGAGGUCGACAGAAAUGACACCCACACCCAAUCCAGCAGAGAUCAAAGCUAAUUCAGAGAGCAAGGAGACGAAAUCCACAGCGGAUGCAGUCACAGUAGGGGAGGAUGAAAAGGGGAGCCCGGAAGGAGGUGAGGAGGAUCAUCAGCUUCAGCUCUCUGUGCCAGACCUCAUCAACAAGGAGACCCAAGCCAAACCCUGCGACGUCUGGCAGAGGGCGUCUUCACCAGACUCCCGGCUCGCCUCCUCUCCCAUCUCUGGCAAGGCGCCGUGCCGCAUCAGCCUCGGAGAGGAGGUCCUGCUAGGGAAUGGCGCCCCCUGCAGUAAAAACACAGGAGGAAGCACUGAGGACACAGAGCCUCACCCAGACCUACUGUCCUUCGAGUAAUGCAAAGCUCUUUGGAUAAAGUAUCCUCUGAUCAGCCAACCGGCUUUACUUCAGUGAAAAGGGAACAGAUUCAUGAAGGGAGCAAAGCAGACUGCAGACUAAGCUUUCUACUAGACUUAUAGACCAUAUUGUCUCUAUUUGAAGUCUUUUUGACAUCAAAAGAGAUAAAUAUAAUGCUUAUAACAGGAAAACGACAGCUGCUUCACCAUUAUCACUGGCACAUGAUGCAAAAUGAGAGAAAAAAACAAGAGCUUUUGUUUUAUUGUGGUUUAAGUUAUAACAAAUUAAUCAAACUGUUUUUUAAAAA